ACCACAGCCUCUCCUAGUUCACAGGUCGACACUCAACCCCUGAGCCACGCUGGCCGGGCUGGGUGACCUGGUUUGGGCCCGGCAGACACCAUGUGUGAGCUCAGUGCUACUGGCUCCAUCCUCGAGGCUCUCUGAUCAGGCUGCAGGGACCCAGGGCUGGUUUUUGUCAGAAGCAACCCACACACCUUGCAGAUUAUGGCUGAUCAGAUUGUGUUUGUCCAAAUAAGGGCUAACCCUGCAGCUUUUAGACGAUUCUAGAAGCAUCCAAUUCUGCAGGAGGCCUCUAAGAGAUCUGUGUUAGUUCCUUCACAUUCAUGCACAAUUGUCGAUGAAAUUUGGGGCAGGACUCAUGUCUUCUCUCCGCUCCACCAUUUGGAAGGUCACUGAGAAAAGGUGGGAUAAGUCUCCUGCCAAAAAGCAAUGUUACAUUUACAAGGGAAAGAGGAAAGCUGGUGCUUCUCCUUGAAUUUGCUGACAAUCGAGGGUUUUGUGGAGUCGUUUGGGCAUCUUGGGCCAUUUUUCAGGAAAAGGUGAGAAGGCGUGUGAAGUCCAGCUCGCCAAGCACCCUCCGGCAGGGGGACCGGGCCCUUCUGUGCAGACGAUUUUUGUGGGCUUCAAGUUUUGGGGGGAAAACAAACACAAACGCUCUUCCCCGCGAGGGGCGGGGCGAGGCCUAGGCGACGCACCAAUCAGAGCACGCCCUGCCCUAUAUAAGGCGUGAGGGCCCCCCGGCCGGCGCUUAACCCUCCUCCCUGGCUCUUGUCCGUGGACCCUCCGCCUGUGAUGUCCGAGACGGCUCCUGUGGACCCGGCUGAGCCUGGCCCGGCUUUCAUGGCGAAGCCGAACAUCAAGAAGCGAGGGAAGAAGCAGGUGGGCCUGGCGGGUGUGAAUCGCAAGACGCCAAGCCCGUCGGUGUCCAAGGUGAUCACGGAGGCCUUGUCGCUGUCCCAGGAGCGGGCGGGCAUGUCGCUGGCCGCGCUCAAGAAGGCGCUGGCGGCCGCGGGCUACGACGUGGACAAGAACAACAGCCGCAUCAAGCUGGUGCUCAAGAGCCUGGUGAGCAAGGGCACCCUGGUGCAGACCAAGGGCACCGGCGCCUCGGGCUCCUUCCGGCUCAGCAAGAAGGCGGCUCCCGAGCUGGUCAAGGUCAAGAAGGCCGCGUCCGCCAAGGGCAAGAAGCUGGUCUUGUCCCGGGAGUCCAAGUCCCCCAAGAGCUCCAGCGCCAGCAAGAGAGCUCAGAAGCCGCGGGCAUCGGCAUCCCCGAAGGCCGCCCGAGGCGUCAGGAAGGCGGCAGGGCCCAAGGGCAGGCCCCCGCGGAAGAGCCCGGCCAAGGCCAAGGCCAAGGCCGACAAGCCCACGGCCGGGAGGCCCAAGGCGACCCAGCAGAAGACCAAGCCCAGGAAGGGAGCCUCUAAGAAGUAAAAGGCCAAUCUUCAAAAAAGAAAAACGACACAAAA